UUGCCAAGCGGAGAAGAUUCCGACAAGCCUCGUUCGCUACGAUUUACCUUCAACUCCAAUACCACGUCAUCUAAACCUCCCGACGAAAUUAUUUCAGAAAUCAUCAAGGCCUGUGCUAAAAAUGGCAUAUCCAGUCGUGCACAGUCUCGCUACUUAUUAGAGUGUAUAUGGACUGCGCCUGCAACUGGAGGUCCAAGUAAGGAAGCCAGCAAGUUUGAAAUAGAGGUAUGCAAGCUUCCCCGUCUGAACAACCUUCAUGGUCUUAGAUUCAAGCGCGUUGCAGGAUCCUCUGCUGACUACAAGGAUAUUUGCGAAAAAAUU